AUGGUGCUUAACAAGCCAACAGGUUCUUCAUUGUCUUCACUUAAGGCUACGUUAGGCUCUUCACCGUCCCCACCUGAGGCUACGCUAAGCCCUCCACCGUCCCCACCUGAGGCUACGCUAAGCCCUCCACCGUCCCCACCUGAGGCUACGCUAAGCCCUCCACCGUCCCCACCUGAGGCUACGCUAAGCCCUCCACCGUCCCCACCUGAGGCUACGCUAAGCCCUCCACCGUCCCCACCUGAGGCUACGCUAAGCCCUCCACCGUCCCCACCUGAGGCUACGGUAGACACCACUUACCAAAGCAAGAUUACAGCUUCACCAUCUGAAAAAAUUGUCAAGUCAACUAGGAAGAUGUUCCAGAGGGCGUCGAGUGCCAGAACCCUGUUAUCAUCCAGCGAGGAGGAAGACCACACUAUCCGCGGGUGUGGACGGCAGCUGAAUGUAGCUUGGCAAGUCCCUCUUUUUGGCCAAAGGACAGAAGACACUAAAGAUGUUCCAUCUUCUAUGGAUAAGCGCUGUGAUCUUGUUGGUUCACAAAACCUUCUUCAUCUUUAG